GGCGGCGCGGCGGGGGCGGCGGGGGCGAGCGGCGCGGCGGGGACCGGCGGCAGCGGGACGAUGGCUUCUAUCUCCGAGCGCACCUUCAUCGCCAUCAAGCCUGAUGGAGUCCAGCGAGGGUUGGUUGGAGAAAUCAUCAAGCGGUUUGAACAGAAAGGAUUCAAACUGGUGGCCAUGAAAUUAGUACAUGCCUCUGAGGACCUGCUGAGAGAGCACUACAUUGACCUGAAGGACCGGCCGUUCUACGAGGGGCUGGUGCAAUACAUGCACUCGGGGCCUGUCGUAGCCAUGGUGUGGGAAGGUCUUAACGUGGUUAAGACUGGAAGAGUGAUGCUGGGAGAAACUAAUCCAUUUGAUUCAAAGCCUGGCACCAUCCGUGGUGACCUCUGCGUUCAGGUUGGAAGGAACAUCAUUCAUGGCAGCGACUCUAUAGAAAGUGCUGAGACAGAGAUCAACCUGUGGUUCGCUCCUGAGGAGCUGGUGGAUUACAGAAGCUGUGCUCACGAGUGGAUCUAUGACUAAAGCUGAGCCUACACGCUCCGCUGUCCUUCCUGUCCAUAAGCAGCUGCUCCCCUCUAGAUACUGCAACCCCUUCGUAUCCGCCGGUAGGAACCAGUCUCGGAGAGCUGGGAGGUGGCUCUGCUGUGAGGAUUGGAUGUAGUCAGUGUCUGCUGCUGCUCUGGUUAAAAAAGUGUUGAGCUGUAGAUGGAAUCAUACAUUUAAAAAGCUGCAUCUGGAGGGAAAAGAGGAAACUAAACACAGAGAGGUAAAACGUGAUUGUUAAUGACAUACCACACAUUUAUUUUCCCAAAACGCUGCCAUCGAGGAGGAGAUACUGGAAAAAAAUAAUCUAAGACCGUAUUUGGUAACGAUGCAAAAGUUAGUCUUGCUACAUCCGGUGGGGUGUAAAUAAAUCCAAAGUGUUGCCAGAUGUGGAGGAUUGAACUGUGUGAAUCCCUGUGCCCAAAGCAGCUGCAGAGAAAAGCUCAUUUAUUUCUCUCUCCAGACUGCGCUGUGCCCGUACUCAGAGCACGGCUUUGAUUAAAACCACAACUCUCCUCCAGGUUAACACUGUCUCAAUUUACUUUUUUCUCCCCACAUGGGAUUUAUUUAGCAUUUUGAGGAAGGAUUAAUAGGCUGGGCUUUCUGAAAUGCCCUUUUAUGUGAAAAGCAGAUUAGCGUGAGGAUGGGUGAGGGCGAUUCUCCUUCAGCCACUCUUACACCGCACAGGGUGACAGCAGCAGUGCUUGCUCUGCUGAUCACGUAGCCAUGUCCUCAUUUGUGUGCUUUCCUUAAUAGCUACAAUUCCAAAGCAAACUUAUAUAAGGCAUUUCAGAGGUGACCUUAGCAUUAUUUUUUAGAUUUAUUCAAUUGUGUAAAGCAAUACAGUCACAAUAACGCUGGAUGUGCUCCCGCAGAGGUGUCUGCGUCUGUCAGUGACAGCGCCGGCCUCUUGCAGACACUUUAACACAGUGUGGGAGAAGGGACUGGAGCUGGUUUGCAGUCAGUACUGUGUAUUUAUUUCCCUGCAACAUUGUACUCAUUAAAAAUCAAGUGUUUCAUCAA